AUGAUUAUAUUCUUUCAUUUGUUGCUCCUCUGCUGGGGCCUUACUCAAUUCCAAGUCCUUUCUGCCUCGUUGCCCCGCUUCCGUCUGGUUCAAAGAGCAGACAACUCAACGGCUCCUCUCGCUCGAAAUGUCACCGUUGAAGAGAUCAAGGCCGCACGUGCAAUCGUUAAGGAGGCUAUCGCUAAGGCUUCCAAACUCAACAAGGCUCGCUUGGACAACCCGUCGCGCAAUGUAUACAAGCUUCGUCGUGGCACCCACAUCAAAGCGAAGCGUCAACCUGAAGAGCCACCUCGGCCCCUCCUGGAUGUUACCCCUGAAAUUGCUGCCGCUGCUGCCCUUCUUGCGGAGUUGGAUGCAGAAGAAGUGAAUGAGGGCGUGCAGAAAAGAGCUGCCGGCUCGUUUUGGAUGGAAACCAUCGCACGCAGAGGCUCCUACCCAUCCUCGUGGGGAGGCUCAUCUGGAUACAAGGUCUUCCGGAAUGUUAAGGACUAUGGGGCUCGCGGUGACGGCGUUAUUGACGACACGGCUGCCAUUAACAGAGCUAUCAUGGACGGUGACCGAUGUGGCGCGAAUUGCAACGGCGCGACGAACAAGAACGCCAUAGUGUAUUUCCCUGCUGGUAUCUAUCUGGUGUCGGGAACAAUCAAAGUUGUCUUUGGGACCCAGUUGAUCGGAGACGCAAACAACAGGCCAGAGAUCCGAGCGGCCCCAAGUUUUGUUGGACUCGGUGUCCUCUCCACAGACGAGUAUGUUGAAAAUGGAGGCACUGGACCGGAUGGGAACGCCCUGCAAUGGUAUAUCAACACUUCCAGAUUUUACGGCCAGAUUCGAAACUUCGUUAUCGACAUCACUCGAACGCAUCCCGAUGAGUACGUAUGCGCCAUCCACUACCAGGUCGCGCAAGCGACGAGCAUACAAGAUGUCGAGUUGGUCGCUAAGACGGGAACCACUCAGCAAGGCAUGUACUCGGAGAACGGUAGUGGCGGUGUCAUGUCGGACAUCACUUUCCGUGGAGGCAAUUUUGGCUUCUACGGAGGCAACCAACAGUUCACCGCCCAGAGGAUGAAUUUCAUUGGUUGCAAGACGGCUGUUCAGCUGAUCUGGGAUUGGGGUUGGACUUGGAAAUCUGUCAAAAUUAGCGACUCCGAGGUCGGCUUCCGCUUGCUCAGUGAAGGCGGAGCCGGUACUAUUGGGUCGGUCAGCGUCAUGGACUCAGUAUUCUCCAACGUAGGAACUGCCAUUCUUUCUGGCCCGCCGAGCCAGGACCCAGGUACGGGGACCACUGGAAUCGUCAUCGAAAACAGUGCGUUCCAGAAUGUCCCCAAGAUCGUGGCCACCACUGCUGGAGCAACACUACUUACGGGAACCUCAAUCAAACAUUGGGUUCUCGGGCCAACUUACAAGGGUGGGACCAGGACGUGGUCCUCUGGUAAGAGCGCUGAGUAUCCGCGUGAGGAGUCGCUUCUCGCACCCAGCAGCGGGGACCUUCCCGAUCGGCCAUACUUUGAGAGAAAGAGAGACCAGUACGCAUCUGCAAGUGUCUCCCAGUUUGUUCACAUCAAGGACUACGGCGCAAAAGGGGAUGGAACCACUGACGACACACAAGCGGUGCAGAAGGCCUUUGAUGCUGUCAACGGCAAUGGCAAGAUCUUGUUCGUGGACGCGGGAGUCUACAUGAUUCGGGACACAGUCACCAUCCCGAAGAACGCGAAAAUUGUUGGCGAGUGUUGGGCAUCAUUUGUGGCAGUGGGAGACAACUUCUCCGAUGCAAACAACCCCCGAGUACUCUUGCGUGUCGGGCAGAAAGGCGACAUCGGAAACGUCGAAUUGCAAGAUCUGAUUGUUCUCACAAAAGGCGGCACUGCGGGCGCUGUCCUGAUUGAAUGGAACGUCCAAGCAGAGAAUCAAGGUUCGGCAGCGCUGUGGGACGUCCAUGCCCGUGUUGGCGGUGCGAUUGGAACGGAUCAGAAUCCGUCAGACUGCCCUCCUAUCACUAGUGGCACGAACCGGACGAAGUGCCAGGUCGCCACGAUGCUCAUGCAUAUCACUCCAAAAGCAUCGGGUUUCUUCGACAACAUGUGGCUCUGGGUUGCAGAUCAUCUCAUCGACGACCCUGCCAGGCAGGAUCCAAAGAACAACAUGGACCAGCUCUCGAUUUACGUAGCUCGAGGUAUUCUCAUCGAAAGUCAAAAGGCUACAUGGUUGUAUGGAACUGCUUCGGAACAUGCCGUCUUCUACCAGUACAACUUCCACAAAGCAAAGAACAUCUUCGCUGGCAUGCUCCAAACUGAGCCGCCAUACUUCCAGCCAAUGCCAAAGGCACCGGAACCAUUUACGGGCUUGGUCGGCAGGUAUCCUGGCGAUCCUGACUACUCCUGUAAAGGGGCCGAUUUCGAUGGAUGCGAUACUGCAUGGGCGGUAGUCCUCAGGGAGUCAUCCAACAUCAUGAUCGCCGGUGCAGGCACUUACUCAUGGUUUGACAAGUACACUCAGGAGUGCAUCGAUGAACACAGAUGCCAAAAGGCCCUCUGGUUUCUUGAAAAGAACUACGACAAUAUCCGUAUCCAACAUCUUAUCACGAUAGGAGCGAAGUACAUGUUGGUGUCUGAGGGCAAUGGAGUUCUCGCAACUGACAAUCUCGCCACGAAAGCGCAUCCCCAGUGGUCCCAUAUUGCCUACUACGAUGUCCAGUCAAAUGGCAAG